GAAAGUUGAAUUACAUUAGGAUGAAUAAGGCAUUAAUUAGUUCCAAAAAAUUUAAAGGCAACAAAUGUAAGGCGAAUUCAUUUCUAAAUUAACAUAAUAUUCAUAUAAUAUAAUGGAAACUCAAAAAACCUAAAAGAAUAAGUUUCCUACAUAAAAUGAACUAUACAACCUCUAGCAACACAAAUACGGCUUUAAAAACACUGCAAGUCACCAAUAAAUUACGGUUACAGCCAAUCCCUUAUGACUAUUCAUCCAUCGAAUCUCACUUAUCCAAUCGACUCGCGUAAUUUGGCAGCCACCUCUUUCUAAUCUUCCAAUCAAAUCCGUGAGGUGAGGAGCGCUCCCGCCUCCAUGCGCACUCCCGACCGUGACCAGAGAAAGGCGGCCGCUCAAACGCCAUCCUAUCCCCGGGAGACGACGCUGCGUCCAUGGUGCGCGUUCGCGACGGGCGCCUUCACGAACGCAUCCCGGGCGAAUCGCUGGCUGUUCGUUGCUCUCCGGAGCUCCGGCGCUGCGGGGGAAGCGGGUGAUUUCUGCCUUUAAAUCUAAUGGCGGACGAGCACCACUUGAGAGCGCUUUGAGAGGUCCCUUCACUGAAACGACCACAGACACACGCUUGGAUCUUGGAAUUCUGGGCUGAGCGGCAGAUAGGGGCCAACGGGACAGACACACACCCCCCUACAGCAGCCCGGGUUACAGGUCAAGGGGUCCAAGAGCUGCUGUCUGGAAACCCGGGGGUGUGGCCUGGCCUCUCCUGCCGUUACGCCCAGUAAACCUGCUCGUGGUCCCGCCCACUUCCUGACCUAUUUGCAGCGAAUCCUUGGGUCGGGACGGAGCAGAGCUCAGGUCGAGCCAUAGCCCGUCAGCCUCGGAGCCAGCAGAAGUGCCUCACCAUGGAUAUGGAUGAAGAGGAGAACAUGAGUUCGUGCAGCACAGACGUAAAGGAAAACCGCAACCUGGACAACGUCUCCUCCAAGGAGGGGACGGGCGAGGCAACUCCGCUUCCGAAUGGCAGCGGUGGGGGCGGCCGCAAGCGCCCCCUAGAGGAGGGCAAUAAUGGGCAUGCGCAUUCCAAGUUUCGGCCCAAGAAGCGCAAGAAAACGCCGGGGCCCGUGCUGCCCAAGAACGCUCUGAUGCAGCUGAACGAGAUCCGUCCGGGGCUGCAGUACAAGCUGCUGUCACAGACGGGCCCCGUGCAUGCGCCCGUCUUCGUCAUGACCGUUGAGGUCAACGGGCAGCUCUUCGAGGGCUCUGGCCCCACCAAGAAGAAGGCCAAGCUGAGCGCGGCCGAGAAGGCGCUGCGCUCCUUUGUGCAGUUCCCCAACGCAUCCGAGGCACAUCUGGCCAUGGGCCGCACACUCACCGUCAACACCGAUUUCACCUCCGACCAGGCCGACUUCCCCGACAUGCUUUUCAACGGCUUCGAAACGCCGGCACCCCCCGAGGAGACCUUCUACCUGGCGUCCAACGGCAACGGCUCUUUUGGCCCCUUGGGGGAGUACCCCCUGCCAGCGACAGCCGGCGCCAACAGCCUGGCCCAGUCGCCGUUGCCGGCGCCCUCGGCCUUCGCCACGCCAUCCAGCGGCAAAAACCCCGUGAUGAUCCUCAACGAGCUGCGGCCGGGCCUCAAGUAUGAAUUUGUGUCGGAGAGCGGCGAGAGCCACGCCAAGAACUUCGUCAUGGCCGUCACGGUGGACACGCAGACCUUCGAGGGCUCAGGCCGCAACAAGAAGCUGGCGAAGGCACGUGCCGCCCAGGCCGCCCUGUCCGCGCUCUUCAACAUGCAGCUGGACCAGACGCCCUCUCGCCAGCCCAUCCCCCGCGAGGGCUUGCAGCUACACCUGCCACAGGUGCUGGCGGAUGCCGUGUCCCGUCUGGUGGUGGACAAAUUCAGCGAGCUGACCGACAACUUCACGUCCCCUCAUGCGCGGCGGAAAGUCCUGGCCGGUGUCGUCAUGACCACAGGCACAGACGUGAAGGAGGCCCAGGUAAUCUGCGUCUCCACGGGCACCAAGUGCAUAAACGGCGAGUACAUGAGUGACCGCGGCCUGGCGCUGAACGACUGCCACGCUGAGAUCAUUGCACGCCGCUCUCUCAUCCGCUACCUGUACUCUCAGCUAGAGUUCUUCCUCAGCAACAACAAAGAGGAGCAACAGAAGUCCAUCUUCACCAGGUGCGACAAGCACGGCUACCGGCUGAAGGACAACGUGCAGUUCCACCUCUACAUCAGCACCUCGCCCUGCGGUGACGCCCGCAUCUUCUCCCCCCAUGAGGCGGGCGUGGAAGACCAAGGAGACAGACACCCCAACAGGAAAGCACGGGGCCAGCUGAGGACCAAGAUCGAGUCUGGGGAGGGCACCAUCCCCGUGAGGUCCAGCAACACCAUCCAGACGUGGGACGGGGUCCUGCAGGGAGAGAGGCUGCUCACCAUGUCCUGCAGUGACAAGAUUGCAAGGUGGAACGUGGUGGGCAUCCAGGGUUCGCUAAUGAGCUACUUCACGGAGCCCGUCUACUUCAGCAGCAUCAUCCUGGGCAGCCUAUACCACGCCGACCACCUGUCCCGCGCCAUGUACCAGCGCAUCGCCGACAUCGAGGACCUACCGCAGCCCUUCACUCUCAACCGGCCCCUGCUCAGCGGGAUCAGUAAUGCAGAGGCACGGCAGCCAGGCAAGGCCCCCAACUUCAGUGUCAACUGGGCGGUGGGCGACCAGGCACUGGAGGUCAUCAAUGCCACCACGGGGAAGGACGACAUGGGCCGGCCCUCGCGCCUCUGCAAACACGCCCUCUAUAGCCGCUGGGUGCGCCUGCACACCAAGCUGUCGUCAACGCUGCGUAUCCGGGUGCCCAAACCCGGCUCGUACCACGAGGCGAAGCAGGCAGCAGUGGAGUACCACUCCGCCAAGCAGACACUCAUCAAGGCCUUCCACAAGGCCGGCCUGGGCGCCUGGGUCAAAAAGCCCAUUGAACAGGACCAGUUUUCCCUCAACUCCUGAGAGGAAGCCCGACUUUAAGGACCAGAGCGGGGCACUAGACUACCAGCUGUUCAUGUGUGCGUGUGUGUGCGUACGUGCGUGUGUGUGCGUACGUGCAUGUGAAGGUCCGUGACCAGACCUCCAGCUCUUCCCUCUUUACUUCUCCUCCAUUCCUCCUCGUCUUAUCAUCCUUUCUUUUCUCUUCUUCCCCUCGCCAUUACUACUGCUUUCACGUUUUCAGAACGUUGUCUCUGUUAAGGUUAUUAAUGAUGUCUGCGUUGUAUGAAGUCUUGCAGAUUUUAAACUGGAAAAAGGAUGUGUUUAUAGUUUUAUUUUAUUUCAGAAAUGGUAAAAAAAAGCAUUUUAUAAUUGCCAGAUGAAAAAGGAAACAAGAUUACGAGCCAGUUCCUAGAUGAGUAUAGUAUGCCAAAUAUGUAGCGUGUGUGGGUUCAAUUACAAAACAAUUGCAAUUGGAUCAAGGGAUUCUGAGUGUUGCUGUCGUUUACCAUGUGACAUGUCAAUGAAAACCGGUGUCCUUUCGCACAUGUGCAGUGUCAUGUGGUUUUAUAUAUUUAAAAAUUCACGUUAGAUUUUUCUCACAGAUACUGAACCGCUCGACGAUAUUUCAUAUGCUCCUUUUCUAGAAUCUUCGGAAAAAGGACACUUACUCAUCCCCUUGAUUUCCCCCCCCCCAGCCCUGAUGAAACACAGUGAUUCAGAACACAGUUAGUCCUACAGUGUCAUAUUCUGGUAUAUUGAUGAUAGGAUUUCUUUACAGCAGAAUUACUAAAAGCACCAUGUCGCCCUUCAAGGUCUCGUUAGAUUUCAGUAGCCACCUGCUCCCAUGAAGUUUACGUUAGUUUGGAUUACCAUGUGCAGGAAUUGCCACCGACGCUUACUGGUGCUGACCUGACCUGCAUUUUGUUACACAGAGAUACUAUUUGUUUGCGACACUACAGUUGCAUGUUUGCAUGCAUGUUAGAAAUUUGUCCACUGCAGCACAUGCGUGUCUUUCCUUAAGCAGAUGGAUAGGUUUCAACAGACCAACAUAGAGAAAAUGUCUCCCAUUUAGUUUGUUUAGGCUCUAGUCCUAGAUGUGCAGCUACAUUUAUGGUAUGGAAAGUAUUUGUUGAAAUUAAGUAUGACAAUUGAAAUAAAUUUGUCUUCAGAUUCACUGAAAGAUAAAAAAAAGGUACUACGCUGACGUGUGCGUUUGUUUGUACGUGAGUUUGUGUUUUAGUGUUUGUGGGUAUGUAUGUACAUGCACGCAGACUUAUGUAAUAUAUAUGUAUAUAUAUUACACACACGCACAAACUUUUAACUUGAAAAUCUGGCCAUUUUAAUUGGACUCAGUUAAAAGUUAUUUGAAAUGGUAUUGGUUUUAGGAAUUUAAUGCACGUUUACAGUUAAAUAAAGCCAUCUUUCUGCAUGGUAACCAAAAUUAUUUUAAGGUGAUAAUUCAGUUCAGUUGAUGUUGUGUACGGACCCUUCAUUCGAUGGAUGUCAAUGGCAGUCUUCAGUUGUUUCGCUUUCUUAUGUCCUACGGUAAUCCUGAAUGAGAGCAUAAGGCCACCCAUGCUAUUGCUUAAUUCCCUUUGUCUCCUUCCACAUGGUCUUCAGGAAGAAACUUCACCGGAGAAAGUUCUCAGCCAAUAUAUUCAAUAGGCCAUUUCCUUAAAAAAAACAACUUUUUGCAUGUUCUGAACAUAAUAUUGGCUUUAGCUGAAUGGAAUGUUUAAAAACAGUUAUUCCGCACAGAAUGUUGGCUGAAGCUGAACAAUUCAAAAAGAAUGUUGGCUGAACAUUUAGAACAGAAUGUUCUGAAUAUUCUGCACAGAAGCUCAUCUCCCUUCCAUUCUAGUUCUUUUUUUUUUUUUUUUUUUAACAUCUCUGUUACCCAACCAGUUAAGUAUGUUACUAAAACUGUGUGAUUGCUUUUUUGUUUCUGUAUUUAUGUUUGGCCGUGAAGAUGAUGAGAAUACAAGAACUUUAACAAGAUUUUUUUUGUGAAAUUUAUUCUGAAUGGAGGAGAAUGUCCAAAUAUGUGCACAGUGUAGGAGCCUAAUUGCUCACUCAAUGAACGGCAUUUGUUGAGUGACAUAUGAAUUAUGAAUGAAUGCAGGGGUGGCACAAGUUGUUCUCAUUACACGGUGCUUCAUAUGCAACUAUGCAAACAUCCAAUGGAUGGUAUUGCAAUUGUUGUAUGCUAAUUUGACCCACCCUACCCCCCCACCAUAAAAAAAGUGAAGAUUGUCCAGACUUUGAACUGUGUUCAGCUCUUUGUAGAGGACAUUGUGUCAGGCAGUACUACCUAACUUUAGCUUUCAGCCGUGGAUCAUUUGUUGGAUUACUUGUACAAGCUGUAGAUUAAAUUCACACAAAGUCAAUGCAGAUGUCAUGCAUGGGUCCCAUCAUUCACUCUUUGGGAUCCCCUUGACCACCGUUUUCCAUAGAGAUCCCCUUUACAGAUUCACUUGUGUCUGACUCGUAUCACCCAGCAUUAGCCUCAGGCCAUUAGCGUGCUUGGGAAUCAGAAACAAGUAGUGUAAUGAACUGUGAACAUGCAUCAGUAAGACACACACACUACCUGUGAUGAGCCCCUCACAGUUGCAGAUUAGUUAGCGCUGGUUUCUUCAGGAACAGGCAGCAGGAAAAGGAAAAUUUUUCAUCUGGGCCUUUGCUGGUCCUGUGCAUGCAUGCAUGCAUGCGUGGGUGGCUGUUUCUUCACUGCUGUCAAGCAAUUUGGGCACUUCACAGUGAUGUCACCGAAUGACAGAGAAUCUUCACCAAAGAUGUCAUUGGCUUGUCUCUUCUUUUGAUUUGUUCUGUCUUUUUGUUUUGUUUUUCCUGAGCUGAAAAGUUGAGAUGCUAUUUUUAAAGCUGUGUUUCCUGUCUUGUCUCACAGAUUGCUGGUUAUAAUACGUUUUUUUUUUUUUGUUUUUUUUUAUCAUUUUACUAAUGUAUUUUUAUUUUGUACAAAAAGACUGAGUGUAUAAUUUCGUUCUAGCUUUGUGAACAGAUGCAGCCGAUGUUUAAGUUUUCUGUAGCUAUGGAUUUAAAGAUGUAAAUAUUGUGAAUCUGUUGUUUCAAACAGUGAAAAUUCUACAUGUAUUACAAAAAAAGAUGUACAUGACUUGUACACAAACACACUUUCCAAAGCAUAAUUCUUAUUUUAGAGACUUGAAAUCUCAUCUAAAUCAUAAACAUAUGCCAGUUUAUAAAAACCCAACUGUUCCUACCCUAAUGUCCGUAGCUAUGAUAUAUCCGAUUUGGAUUGGUCCUUCCCGCUUAUUAAACAGACACUUAGCGCCCAAGCGAUAUCCCACGCUAUAUCACAAACUCUGCAAAUAUUUGCAGCUCAAAUGGUUUAUUGCUUAUCCUCGUUUAAGCCACGGUCGAAUGGUUCCGGGUAUCAGAGUCACGGCACUGUGCAUAUUGAGCAUGCAGAGUGGGGUUGUGUCAUUGAGAGGCCUUUCAGCGUACGCUGGACCGUGUGCAGGUCUGCCCACUCGUCACCUCGGCCCCCCGGUUCUGCACUGUUUAGAUUAAUGACUUCAAGGUUAGCCGAGGGGAGAAGGGUGGCGAGAGAGAGGGCUGGGUACUUUAUGAAUGCAACACCGCAACUUCUUGAUGCAAAAUGUAAAUCUUACCGGAAACAUAGAUAAAGUCUGGCUUCCAUGUCGAUAUCGACGAUGUGCUGUACAGCGCAAAUGAUUUUUUUUUCUAUUCGCGAAAUGUGUACUGGCAUGUGAUCUGAGGGUAUCUGACGAAGAGAUGAGUUGUGGAAGAGAAGGGUGAUGUGGAGAUGGCCAGUCCGGUUUUCACCCCGCGGCUCUUCCGCGAAGCCCGACCCGGCCGGCAGCCCCGCUCCUGGACGCAGCGAUCUGACUGUGGUGUUUUGGUGAAUGUGCAAGCCGCGGGUCCCCCUCUAUCCGCCUUCCCGCUGUGCCCCCUGUGAUGUCCGGCUGCAUGAGCUCCCACGCCGAGUCUGCACCCAGCAUGAGGGAAUUAACGAGUUUUAAAAAAAGAAAAUAAAAAAUAUGUACAUGUAGAAAAUGGAAAAUAGAUCUUUAAAUGAAAACGAAAUAAAUGAAAGCUUAGUUUA